AUGAGUUUUAUCUUGGCACUUGCCGAGUGUGAAUAUUACGGUAUGUAUAUAAUAAAAAAUAUUCCUCUCUUACCUUUGCAGGUAAAGAUGGAGCCGAAACAAAGAAAUUUUCUCUUGACAAGUUUUUUCAUAAUGACUUUGAGAAGGGUGAAACCGAUACUUAUGAAGUGAGUGGUGAUGAUGUUGGGGCUGUUGUAAUGAUCACAUUGAAUAAUAAUGGCAUGGGUGUGAAAAGUGAUUGGUAUAUUGCUAAAGUUAUUGUGGAGAAAGAGCUUAAAGGUGGAAACGAGAAGUAUGAAUUCCCUUGCUAUCGUUGGGUUGUUCAUCAGUUGGUCGUCUUUGAAGGCAAAGGUAAAAUUACAUACCGUGCGAAUCAUAGAAAGUAUGGAAAUGUACAAAAUGGCGCUUCAAAACUGAAAUUCAGAACUUUCUGUGAAAAGUUCUAA